UCUUGCGGUUCUGGCGGGCUGGAGGGGCGAAGGUGCAGGGACCCAGGGAGACGUGUCCCCACAGGAGGAUGGCGCAGAAGGUUGGUCUGCCCGAGGUGCGGGAGCGAGUGGGAGCCUCGCACGGCAUCACCGACCUGGCCCGAAAACUCCACUUCUAUAACGGCUGGGCCCCCGACUAUGAUCAGGACGUGGCGGCCCUGCAGUACCGUGCCCCGAGCCUGGCCGUGGACUGCCUCAUCCGAGCUAGUUCAGCUCUGCCCCAGCCAGCCCUGAUCCUGGAUGUGGCUUGUGGCACCGGCCUGGUGGCUGUGGAGCUACAGGCUCGGGGCUUCCACCAGGUGCACGGAGUUGAUGGGAGCCCAGGGAUGCUGGAACAGGCUCGGGCCAGAGGCCUGUACCAGAACCUCAGCCUCUGCACCCUGGGCCAGGAGCCCCUGCCCAGUCCUGAAGGGACCUACGAUGCAGUGCUGAUGGUGGGCGCUCUCAGUGAAGGCCAGGUGCCCUGCAGUGCGGUGACUGAGCUGCUUCGAGUCACCAAGCCAGGUGGGCUGGUGUGCCUGACCACCCGGACCAACCCGUCCAACCUCCUGUUUAAGGAGGCGCUGGAGACCACCCUGCAGGGGCUCGAGGAAGCCGGAGCGUGGGAACGCCUGGCGGCCUGGCCUGUGGACCGGUGGGAGCUGGCCACUGCCGAGCAAGAGGUGGUGACCAGCAAUGAUGCCAACGACAUCGGCUUCAUCUCGGGCAUCAUCUACCUGUACCGAAAGCAGGAGGCGGCCCAGGCCCCAGGGACAAGGCCCAGCCCCCAGCCCCUUGCCAGUGACCCCACCUGUAUCGACCCCAGCUGCUAGGGCCUCUUGGCUUCAUCUGUAAAAGGGUACUGGGUGAAUGCUCCCCAAGAAUGUGCUGCCUAUUAAAUGAGCUCCGCAGAACGA